CCUACUAAUCUGGAGAAAAUAUUAAAGAUUGACCUAGAACAGCAAGUCAACCAAGAAAUGUAUGCAUAUAUAUGUGUUUGAUUAGGGCUGGAUCCAUGUCACAGCUAAACAAUAGAAGAGACAGAAAGAGAGAGAAAAAGAAAGAAUGAGCCACAGAGAGGGAGAGGAGGAGAGUGGAGGAGGGAGAGUGGAACAGAAGCUCCAGGAGCUCCAUGAGGCGAUAGUUGAAGGGAAUAAUAAAUUAGAAGCAUUCAAAGAAAUAUUGAAUGAAGAUCCAAAGAUUCUUGAUAGGAUUAAGGUGGGUUGUUUCAUUCACACUCCUCUGCACGUAGCAGCGUACCACGGGCAUUUAGAAUUUGUCAAAGAAAUUCUAAAGAGAAGUCCGGGGCUUGUUGAAGUGCAGGAUUCGCGACGAUGGUCUCCUCUUCACGUGGCAUCCGCUCGGGGCCAUCUUGACAUUGUACAGGCACUUGUAUCGGAGAAUCCGGAUAUGUGCACAGCUCUUGAUGGAGAUGCUAGAACCCCUCUACAUCUUGCAGCCAUGAAAGGUAACCUUGAUGUCUUGAAAAUGUUGUUUGAAGCCAGCCUCUAUGGUCCCCAUGAGUUGAUGAAUGUUAAGGAUGUUGCUGGUAACACCAUAUUGCAUCUAGCUGUCAGGAAUAAAAAAUUGCAGGUUGUGGACUAUUUGCUUAAGAAAAUAGAAAAAGCUGAAAAGACAGAAAACAGAAUAAAAGCAGUAAAUGCAAUAAACAAUUGUGGGUACACAGCAUAUGACAUUGUAAUGGACAGUAAAAAUGAGCAGGAAUUCAAAGACAUUAAAGUCUCCUUUCGAAAAGUGAAAGCAAUGCAAGCAAAAGAUCUUUCUCAAGGUGACUGGCUGUCAAAAAAACGAGACAUAUUAAUGGUCGUGGCAUCACUUAUCGCGACAAUGGCUUUCCAAGCUGGGAUAAAUCCUCCAGGAGGUUUCUGGCCAGACAAUGCAGCUCUACAUAGAGCAGGGGAAGCUAUAAUGGCUUAUAACUAUCCAAAUACAUAUCCGUAUUUCAUUCGUGCUAACACGACAGGAUUCGUUGCAUCUGUGAGUACAAUCUUAUUGCUCGUUACUGGAUGGCCGUUCAAGAAAAAGUUUUUCAUGUGGCUUCUGGUCGUGAUCAUGUGGGUGACAAUUACAUCAAUUGCUUUUACUUAUGCAUUUUCAAUCGUAGUUGUCUCUCCGAAAGGGGAAAGGGAACCACUUUUUCAUACAAUUGUAGUUGGAGCCAUAGUGUGGUGCUGUGUGAUGGCGAGCCUCCUCAUAGCUCACGCAAUUCGCGUCAAUUGGUGGUUGAAGACCAACAAAGGAAUAAAUGUUUGGCCACAGAUUAAAGAUUUCUUCAAAUCCAAAACAAGUAGACAAGGUACAAAUUCAAUUAAUGGUGAUGUUAAUCAAAUUUAGCUAAGUGGACAAGGCCUACAACAAUCAAGUAAUGGUGAAGUUCUUCAAAUUCAACUCAAGUAGACAAGGCAUGCAACAAUAAAGAGGAGAUAUAAAUUCAUUUAAUGGUAACCAUUCUACCGUUUGGGCUUUAUGUUUAAUGUGUGAGUUUCUAUUUUUACAAAGAGAAAUGUUUGAGAGCGCUAGGGAGAGAGCUCUAAUAGCUCUAAUUUGUGUGUGGAUCCUAUUUGAUGUGAUGCAUUGGCUUUGUUUUGUUUUGGUUUUUUUUUCUUUUUUUUUUUUUUUUUUUUUGAUUUUUUACAUCACUAGAGUUCAACUAGAGCUCUAGUUUUAGGGGAAUGAAUCACUGUUUUUUUUAGAAAUUUACAAUGUGGACCCUUUAAAAUGGUGCACAUCUGUAAAAAGUUGUGUUUUUUUAUGAUGAAUGUUAUAAUUGUU